CCUGUCUCGCUGGCUUCACUGAUUUCAUCCACCCACUCAACCCAAUGUAUACACUUUCCCUCCCUCAUAUCAUAAUCUAUCUAUCUCUAUCUACCACCCCAUAAGGAAAAGAAAACACAACACAACACAACAUGUUAUCACUUUGUUCUUCCUCAUCCAUGGCUAAGGCUUCCCUCACUCUCCCAACCAAUUCUUUCCCCACAUUUAUUCACCCUCAAAACAUAUCAACAUCACUUACUUCAGCUCCAUUCAAUUCUCAAUUUUUUGGCCUCAAGCUAUCUCAUUCUUCCAUUUCCAAAACCACUUCUUCUCCACCUUCUUCAUUCAAAAGAGGUUUCAUUUUUGCCAAGGUGAGUAAAGGUUCAAAGCCACCGGCUUUCACUUUGAAAGACCAAGAUGGCAAGACAGUGAGUCUCUCCAAGUACAAAGGGAAACCUGUGGUUGUUUAUUUCUACCCUGCUGAUGAGACCCCUGGCUGUACCAAACAGGCCUGUGCUUUUAGGGAUUCAUAUGAGAAGUUCAAGAAAGCAGGAGCAGAGGUUGUUGGGAUAAGUGGAGACGAUUCUUCCUCUCACAAGGCAUUUGCCAAGAAGUACAAACUUCCAUUUACCUUGUUGAGUGAUGAGGGUAACAAGGUAAGGAAAGAGUGGGGAGUGCCUGGCGAUUUCUUUGGAUCAUUGCCUGGGAGAGAGACUUAUGUUCUUGACAAAAAUGGUGUGGUUCAGCUUGUAUACAACAAUCAGUUCCAACCUGAAAAGCAUAUUGAUGAGACCUUGAAACUACUCCAAAGCCUUUAAUCAUUCUGCAUCCCUUUUGCCUUAAUUCAUGUAUGUAACUAAGAAUUGUAUGUAACCAUUGUAAUUAAGUAGCUGAUUUUGAACACUACUUUGGUCACAUGAAAGUGAUAAAAAUAAUAUUCCUUCUCAUAUAGAGAUCAAACAGUUAUAAUGUCCCGCGAUGGAAAUAUUACCUUCAAUUGUCACGAA